CUGCAGGGGAGUGCUGGAUGUGAGCUUCAGGAAUGGGACAAGGCAUGAACAUAAAUCGCCCUACGUUCAACUAUAAUUUUACAAGACACUAAUAAAAAUUGAAAUGGAUGUACCGCCAAAUGACACAAAUGGUAAUAUCACUUCUGGAUUAGAUCGAAUUGAACAAUAUCAAUUUGAUGGAAAUUAUUUAGAAAAUGAGGAUGUACCGCAAAGUGACACAAAUGGUAAUAUCAUUUCUGGAUUAGAACAAAUUCAACAAUAUCAAUUAGAGGAUGUACCGCAAAGUGACACAAAUGGUAAUAUCAUUUCUGGAUUAGAACAAAUUGAACAUAAUCAAUUACACGGAAUUUAUUCAGAAAAUGAGACUGUCCAACAAAUGAUGGUUUAUGACAACGAUGAGGUAGUGUUACAAAUAUCGGCCGAUGAUUCUAACAUUGUUGUAUCUACCAACUAUACAGUAUUAGGCUGUUACAUCGAAGAUGAUUCGCUAAAUCUAGUGAACUUAUUUGAAACCCAAGACGAAGCGGAACAAACAAUUGAAACUUAUACAAACAAUGUUCCUUUCCCAGCUCGAACUCAGUCAAUAAAUGAACAGAGUGCAACUGAAAGCUGUGAUGAUCCAGAGAUGAACAUUCUGAUGGCUGAGUUAAGGAUUAAAUAUUGUGGACAGUUGCAAGACACUGAAAGCUUUAGGAGUAAUCCACUACUUUCAGAAAACACACAGUAUAUUGUUUUUCCUAGAGAUGAAGAACAGGAAAAUCGAAUUGGAAAUCGGAAUUGGUGCACCUGUAAUAAUUGUCCAGAAAUGAAAACAAACAUAGAGUGUAUUUGCUGUCAUGAGGUGGACAAUGCCCAGGAAUUCAUAACUGAUUCUAAUUGCAUCAUUGGGCAUGAGUUUUUCCAUAUUUUCUGUCAACGAGAGGAUACCGUAAAUGUAGUUUUGAGAACCAUAGGUCAAGUAAGAUUACCACCAGCACAAAAGGACAUGAACAGACAACGCAGCAAAACAGCGUAUCGAACGUUUACUGCAUGGGUACACGGUUACCUAGGUGUAGGAAAUAGAAGACCAAUCCCUGCCUGUGUAGUUUAUAAAGUUUGAAGUGCCUUUCCAGACCCUGAUCUUGAGUAUAUGGGUUUUAAGUUUGCCCAAGACAGACCGGCAGAAUUUAUGGCAUUUGAGUAAUUAAUUUUUCUGUUAUUCAAAUCAGAAUUCAAAAUCAAGUUAGUGCCCUUUCACAUCUGCGUUGUGCAUGUUCGUUGAUCUAUGGCGCUUUACUCUGAGAUGUAGGAAUCUUGUUUACAUCAUCGAGGAGCACUGCCCCAGGUUUGUUAAGUAUCGUCUCCCUGACUACACGCAGCUUUUCCAUGGCAGCCUGCAGUAUAGUAACGUCCUGGCUGCCAUGGUAACCAUUCACAAAAGAUAAUCGUCGUAUCCGGCGAUGCGCCUAAACGACAUUUAGCUUUCAUAUGGAUCCAGAUUAAUCCUCUUCAAUGGGCAUUAAUUCGGGAUUCCUCCUUCCGGCAUGCAUUCAGUACUUAGGGCCGGAGAAAAUUCCACAACAUGCUGCAGAUUUUGCACGGUCAAAAAAACUUGCCAGGACUAGAUGGAAGACAUCCUUAACAGAUUUCUAUCCAAUCAGAAUGCAUUGAGAUAAUCUGGAUAAUUUUUUUUCUGUCCAAGAGCACAGCCAACGGAGCUCUAUGACGUAAGAGGAAAACGCUGAUGUGAAAGUGGCUUUAAAUAUUUCUCUACCCAACAGUUAUGUUACAAGAUUUACAGUAUCUGUUGUGAAUUUAAUCAAGUUUUAUGUUCCCUUUUAUGGUACUUGAAAAGUAUGUAUUAGGGCUAUUUCACAUUUGCGUUGUUCUUUUCCGGCAUACAGUUCCUUUGUCCGGCCUCUAUGUCUGAAAAAUCCUGAUCAGGAUUAUCCAAAUGCAUUCUGAAUGGAGAGAAAUCCGUUCAGGAUGUCUUCAGUUCAGGACCAGAACGUUUUUUUGCAAGAGAAACUAACGCAGCAUGCUGCGCUUUUUGCUCCAGCCAAAAAACCUGAACAAUAGAGUGCAAGGCCGUAUCCGGAAUUAAUGCCCAUUGAAAUGCAUUAAUCCGGAUCUGGCCUUAAGCUAAACGUCGUUUCAGCGCAUUAUUGGAUCCGACGAUUAGUUAUUUAUGAAUGGUUACCAUGUAUGCUAUGACGCUAAAGUCCUGUUUGCCUUGGUGCUAAAGUCCUGUUUGCCUUGGUAAAGUGUAUUGGGGAGAACGUCCGUGCGGCUCACUGGGCGCUUCAGAGUGACGUCAGGGCGUCCCACUCUCAUAAAUGACGUGAUCGCAUGGAUCACGUCAUCCAUGCCCAUGGGGCGCUCUGAUGUCAUUCUGGAGCGCCCCGGGAGCAGCACUGGCGGUCGGUAUACUGCUCCACCGCUCUACACUACUACUAUGGAAACUGGACUUUAAUAGCGUCCUGGCUGCCAUAGUAACACUGAACGCAUUUUAAAGACUGAUCAGUCUUCAAAUGCUUUCAGUUCAAUUGCAGAGGUACGGAUCCAGCGGGCACUUCCUGCAAAUGGAGUACACGACGGAUCCGGACAACACAAUUGUGAAAGAGGCCUUAAAACACUAGCACUUUCAA